CAAUAAAAUGCGAUAAAAUAUAUAAACACAUUUUUCGGUAAUUAAUUAAUAUAACAAGUGAACUAAUAACUUUUGUUCAUAAUAGAAAAAAUGGUUUUCACCUUCUGUUGAUGAUUAAUAUUCUUAACUCUAAUAUUUGAGAUAUUUUUCUAAUACAUUAAAUCCGAUUUGUUAAUAUUUAGAAGCAUUUUUUGCGGACAUUAAUAAGUAUGGGUAGACGAAAAUCGAAAAGAAAGCCGCCACCGAAACGUAAAAAUAUCCAACCUUUGGAUCAACAAUUCAAUUGUCCAUUUUGUAAUCAUGAAAAAUCUUGCGAAGUGAAGAUGGACAAAAGCCGAAACACCGCACGUAUAUCAUGUAGAGUGUGUUUGGAAGAUUAUCAGACGACCAUUAACUUCUUGUCGGAACCUCUCGAUGUUUAUAACGAUUGGGUUGAUGCAUGCGAAAAUGCAAAUUAAAUAUAAGUGAUAGUCAAAUGAUGUUAAACUUUCAUUUAACAGUGAGCCAAGGAAGUACAAAUAUUUUCAUUUAACCGAAAGUUAAACUUUCACUUAAAAGCGCGUUAAAGCAGACAGAUAUAUUCAAUAGUCAGGAAGCAAUUCUAAUAUUAUUAGGAAGGUCUCCUAUGUAGUAAUAAAUAUUUGAUGUGUUUUUCUCCCUCUCAAAAUAGUUAAUCAACUUAUUUCUUAAGCUUUUAAAUAUCUCAAGGCAUAUUCCUUCUGUCCAAUAUUCCGAAUUUGCCCGAUAAUUGUACACUUGGUAUUUACGCUGCAUCGUAUUAAAAAUAACCAUAUUCCUUUUGGAUGAUAGUCUGUUUAUUAUGUGGAAGGCAAUAAAAGUUCCUGUACACGUAUUAUUUUAGUCUUUUUUUUUUUUGUUUUUCUUCUGUUCAUUCUUUUAUUCCAUUCAUACAUAUAUACUGAAAUUAAAUCACAUGCUCAAACAC